UCACAAUCUCUGGCGCAAACAAAACCCAAAACAAUAAACAUAGGAAAGUAGAGCAUUCACAUCGGCCGCAGAGCAGAUGCGAAUGUGAUAAUCACACCCAGCUACGACUGACACUGACUGCUUAUCAGCGAAGAAAUUAUUCAAUCAGGAAGAAUUCAAGAACAAAGACUCGGCAGAACAGGUUGCUUUGACGCGCUGAUCAGUUGGCUGUGAGUCGUUCUUUAGUGUACAGUCGUGAAAAACAAAGUGGUGCCAUGGGAAGGGCUAAUCGAAGUGUCCUCGCAGGGGGCCUAGCCCUGUUGGUGAUGGUUCUGCAGCGUCAGCUGGUCGGAGGUCAGGUAUUCUACUACCAACCGGAACAGGUCCAUUUGGCGUUCGGAGAGUCCACGAGCGAGAUAGUGGUGACAUGGAGUACGAUGACGGCCACUAAUGAGUCGGUGGUCGAGUACGGCAUAGGAGGCUAUGCGUUGAGUGCCACCGGAACUGAGGAGGAAUUCGUAGACGGUGGAUCCGGAAAGCAUACUCAGUACAUUCAUCGGGUUGUGCUGCGGGAUCUGCAACCAUCGUCGCGGUAUGAGUAUCACUGUGGAAGCCGUGUGGGAUGGUCUCCGGAGUUCUACUUCCACACGGUCCCCGAAGGAUCGGAUUGGUCCCCGUCGUUGGCCAUUUUCGGCGACAUGGGCAAUGAAAAUGCGCAAUCAAUGGCCCGUCUUCAGGAGGAUACCCAGCGACACAUGUACGAUGCCAUUCUGCACGUUGGGGACUUUGCGUACGAUAUGAACUCGGACAAUGCCCUUGUCGGAGACCAGUUCAUGAACCAGAUCCAGUCGAUUGCGGCCUAUACGCCGUACAUGGUGUGCGCCGGGAAUCACGAGGAGAAGUACAACUUUUCCAACUACCGGGCCCGGUUCAGCAUGCCCGGCGGAACGGAAAACCUGAUGUACAGCUUCAACCUGGGCCCGGUGCACUUCAUCGGCUUUUCCACCGAGGUGUACUACUUCAUGAACUACGGCCUGAAGACGCUGAUCAACCAGUACGAGUGGCUCCGGCGGGACCUGGAGGAAGCGAACCGGCCGGAGAACCGUGCCGAGCGUCCCUGGAUCGUAACCUAUGGCCACCGGCCGAUGUACUGCAGCAAUGAUAACGAUAACGAUUGCACCCAUAGUGAGACGCUGGUGCGUGUGGGUCUGCCCUUCUCGCACUGGUUCGGCCUGGAGGACCUGUUCUACGAGUAUGGCGUGGACGUGGAGAUUUGGGCGCACGAGCACUCGUACGAGCGACUGUGGCCCAUCUACGACUACAAGGUCUACAACGGAUCGCACGAGGAACCGUACCGCAACCCGCGGGCCCCGGUCCACCUGGUGACGGGAUCUGCCGGCUGCAAGGAGGGCCGCGAACCAUUCAUCCGCCGGAUCCCCGAGUGGAGCGCCCUGCACAGCCGUGACUAUGGCUACACGCGCAUGAAGGCGCACAACCGGACGCAUCUCUACUUCGAGCAGAUUUCCGUCGACAAGGAGGGAGCGGUCAUCGAUUCGUUCACCAUCGUCAAGGACCGGCACGUGCCGUACCGGAAGCUUUUCGAGGAGGAUGAUGGAACGAAGAACUGAGCAGCGAUUGAUGGGUGGUUUUGAUAAAAUUGUUAUAUAUUUCACGACAGCUCACAACAAUUGGAACGAUCUGAUUCGGAGGUUUUCAUCGUGCAGUGUGAUUGGUACUUUUAAGAAUAUGGUAACCGGUUACCAAAAAUAUACAUAUAGUCUGAUCAAGAUCUGAAUCUUCACGUAUUCUAGUUGGGAAAUAAAACUCAAUAUUCAACUAUGGCUUAUCACAGUUUGAUGUAAAAA